CACACACACAUAGACUACAGGGAAAUGGCGUCAACCGUGGACCAAGUUAAGUACUUGUGUGUGUGUGUGUAGGUAAUCACCAGCAACCGCGGACCACUCCAUAGAAAACUACAUCAAACCGCGGACGUACCUCCUAUGGGAUGAUCCAGGUAGCGAGCGCCUCUCCCGCGCAGUCAAAAGGGGGCGCUGUGACAUUUCCCGAUACACAUUGGACUGAUCCAGUCGAUGUUGCCUACACGCUGUGACAUCUUAUAUUCAAACGCCCCCUACGUCAUAAAUUUGAUACGGCGGAACCGGUAUCGCAACCGUGGACGGUCCCCCAUUGCAGCUAGAGUAGUCUGGUGCAGGAGUAAUGGAUGAUGAUAGAUCCAAAUGGUGUUUCCACACUCUGGGUACAUACAUCAAUCAUGAUGAUUGGCACAAAACACCAGAGGGCAAGGACUACUUUGCAAGUAUCCUCAGACAUGGCAAGAGGAGAGUGUUUGGUUGUCUGGAGAGUCCAUUGACAUUGGUACCAUCCCAUCUAGAGCAACCAAAGAUAAUGAAAUACAAGCUGUGUUUGGUUGGAAAGACUGGCGUAGGAAAGAGCAGCACAGUGGCCAAGCUAUGUGGACAACGAGUCCCUACCACCCAUGUUGAAACACCUGGUAUAAUUACAUCUGUCACAUAUUGGCCUGCUAAGCUGAAGCAUUCUGGAAAACACGUCAUGUUCCGUCUUCAGUUUUGGGAUGCUGGUCAUGCUGUACAGAGGAAGUUUGAUCACAUUCAUCCAGCUUGCCGGGAGAAGGCCCAAGCAGUGCUUUACUUCUUUUCCUUCAUUGACCGUUCUAGCUUUGAGGAUUUGAGGACACAGUUUUCCAAGUCAUUGUCGAAUGAAGAUACACCUCUUCUAGUUGUCAUUGGUACUAAGUAUGACCAGUACAAUCGCAGUGAAAUUACAUCAAGGGAGCUACUUGAUUUCCAAAAGCAGUGGCAGGUGCCAAUUCUUAAGCUGAAGAAUGUAUUGAAACCCACAGAAACUAAUGCUCUCUUAGCUGGUGACUCUUGUGCUGAGAUUGAUGACGUUGCCCCAGUGAUGAAUACACUGGUGGAAUACCUAUGGAUUCAUGAUCAGGUGCUCUCUGGGAAUAUAGAGUUAAGUUCAAGUCCAAAGCUAAAUACCUCAAGAGAAGAAGAGACACACUCAGCUAGUGAUAGAGAUAGUGAUGAAGAUGAAGCAACUUAUGUCUGAUAAACUCUGAUAAAGACCCAGGAGAUAUCAGAGUAUUGGAGUAUCUAGACAGAGAUGCAAAAUGAAGGUUGCUAUGUCUAAAAUACUCUGAUAAAUAUCCAAGAGAUAUCAGCUUAUUGAAGUAUCUAGAUGGACAUGAAAACAAAGGUUGUUUUGUCUGUAAUACUCUGAUAAUGACCCAGGAGAUAUCAGCCUAUUGGAGUAUCUAGACAGAGAUGCAAAAUUAAGGUUGUUAUGUUUCUAAUACUAAGAUAAAGACCAAGAAGAUAUCAUGGCAUUAAAGUAUCUAGACAGAGAUGAAAAUGAAGGUUGUUAUGUCUGUAAUACUAAGAUAAAGACCAAAAAGAUAUCAUGGCAUUGAAGUAUCUUAUGCAGACAGAGAUGAGAUGUCUGUAAUACUAAGAUAAAGAUUCAAGAGAUAUGAGCUUAUUGAAGUAUCUUAUGCAGAUAGUGAUGAAAAUGAAGCUUGCUAUGUCUGUAAUACUCUGAUAAAGAUUGAAGGUAUAUCAUGGCAUUGAAGUAUCUAAAAGGACAUGAUAAUGAAGGUUGUACUUGUUACGUCUGAAAUACUCUGAUAAAGAUCCAAGAGAUAUUAUGGCAUUGAAGUAUGUAGAUGGACAUGAAAUGGAGGUUGUUAUGUCUGAAAUACUCUGAUAAAGAUCCAAGAGAAAUUAGCUUAUUGAAGUAUCUAGAAAGAGAUGAAAAUGAAGGUUGUUUUGUCUGUAAUACUGUGAUAAAGAUCCAAGAGAUAUUAUGGCAUUGAAGUAUCUAGAAAGAGAUGAAAAUGAAGGUUGUUUUGUCUGUAAUACUGUGAUAAAGAUCCAAGAGAUAUUAUGGCAUUGAAGUAUCUAGAAAGAGAUGAAAAUGAAUGUUGUUAUGUCUGUAAUACUCUGAUAAAGAUCCAAGAGAUAUCAGCUUAUUGAAGUAUCUAGAAAGAGAUGAAAAUGAAUGUUGUUAUGUCUGUAAUACUGUGAUAAAGAUCCAAGAGAUAUUAUGGCAUUGAAGUAUCUAGAAAGAGAUGAAAAUGAAGGUUGUUUUGUCUGUAAUACUGUGAUAAAGAUCCAAGAGAUAUUAUGGCAUUGAAGUAUCUAGAAAGAGAUGAAAAUGAAGGUUGUUUUGUCUGAAAUACUGUGAUAAAGAUCCAAGAGAUAUUAUGGCAUUGAAGUAUCUAGAAAGAGAUGAAAAUGAAUGUUGUUAUGUCUGUAAUACUGUGAUAAAGAUCCAAGAGAUAUUAUGGCAUUGAAGUAUCUAGAAAGAGAUGAAAAUUAACUUAGUUAUGUCUGUAAUAAUAAUAAUAGUAAUAAUAGGCAUUUCUAUAGCGCCGUCUAUCUAGAUAAUUCUAUUCCGAGGCGCAUUUAUUAUUUCCCAGGCUUUAGCCUUGCUGCCGUUUAUACAGCGCUCCAGCAUUUCAAGGAAAUAAUUCCUGCCAGGUACCCAUUUACAUCACCUGGGUUGAGUGUGGCAAGUGUAGAUCAAUAUCUUGCCAAAGGACAUUAGUGCCGCGGCGGGACUCGAACCGCGGACCUUGCGAUUCGACAGUCCGGCAACGUAUCCACUUGACCACGACACCUAUAUUGUACUGUUAAAGAUCCAAGAGACAUAGCACUGAAGUAUUUAGAUAGAAAUAAAAAAAGAAUGUCGUUUUGUCUGAAAUAUACUGAUAAAGAUCCAAGCGAGAUCAUGGCAUUGAAGUAUGUAGAUAGAGAUGAAAAUGAAGGUUGUUAUGUCUGAAAUACUCUGAUAAAGACCAAAGAGGAAUCAUGGCAUUGGAGUACACAUUUUGAGAUUUGUUUUUACUUACCGGUAUUGUAAACAGCUUGAUUAUUCCAAGACAGAUUUUGGUCAAUAAUGAAACCUAGGUACUCAACAUACUUAAUUUUUUAUUUUAUUUCCCACCAUCAAUGAAAAUAUCGCACUCAUCCAUUAUAUGCACUGUUUUCAAACAUUGUUGUGUAUCAAUAAACGUUUAAUUAACAUUUCUGUUAGUUUACCAUAAAUUUAGUGUCUUUUAACCAGCUUGAAAGUAUUUUUAAGUCUUCAUUUAUUCUUUUUACGAUUUCCCUUGGAUGUUUUGAUGAGGUAAAUAGAGACAUGUCAGCAUAUAAUGAUAAUUCACUCUUUACAAUGCUUGGCAUGUUAUUUACAAACAGACAAUAAUAAGGGACCUAGUAUAAGUGUCCUGGGGACUCCACAUGUUACCUGUUUUCAAUCAGAUGUACAUGUAUUACGAUUAACAGAAGUGAACUGUUUCCUUUCAUCAAAGGAACUUUGAGACUAUUUCAGUGUGGGUUGACAAAACCAUGCACUUCCAUAUUUUUUGGUAGGAUACAAUGAUCCACAGUAUCAAACGCCUUUUUAAGGUCGAUCAUUACCAGACCAACAAUCUUCCCACAAUCAGUUGUAAGUGUAAAUCUAAAUGAUAUUUUCCAUUUUUUUUAACAGUUCAUGAAAUCAUAAACGAAAACAAAAAUAUCCCCCCCUCCCAAAAAAAAAUAGAAAUGCAUCGUUAAUAAAAUUAGCUCACAGCUUAGGUUAUUUAUAGAUAAUUUGAAUACACUGUUAGUUGUCAAUAUCUAUUUCUCAGUUUCAUUUGUAUUUUGCAAAACUGAUUAGAGAGGACAUUGCCCCGUGGUAUAUAACAGUGGCUGCCACUCCUAUCCUAUCUAUCAGCAAGUGUCAACUUAAUGGCAGCAAUCGCCCUAUACUUUGCAAUUACCAAUGACUCUUUUCUAUUCUCAAUUUAUAUUUCUUUUGUAAAUCAACAAUUGUCAACUUAAUUUAGACAAUGACCCCGUGGACUGCAAUUACCAAUGACUAUUUUAUAUUGCCGAUUUCACACCAAUACUUGUAUGCUAGAUGAUGAACCUUUUCGAAUUGAUUCUAUAACGUUAUUCGUGUAUAUUUCUCAUGUAUGAUAACAAAAGCAUGAGAUUGACCAACUGACACAGGUUAUGCCACAUAGUAGUGAAUAGUUGAUUUUUUUUUUUUAAUUAAAAAUUAAGAUAGUCAAGAUGAGAGCCUUAACAGUAAACGUCAAAAGGACAUGAUCCAUUUUUGAAACAUUGUAUGAACAAACAAAUCAAAACAAAAAUAUGUCAAAGGGGCUAUUAGCUUACAACUUAGGUUAUUUAUAGAUAAAUGCGUAAACACUGUUAGUUAUUCAUCUUGUAGUAUUUUCGUCAUUUUAUCCUUCUUCAUUUCUCAAUUUCAUGUGUUAAUCUGCAAACCUGAUUUGGGAGGCGAUGCCCUGUGGUAUAUUGUAGUAGAUGCCACUCCUAUCCUAUUUAUCAACGAGUGUCAAAUUGAUGGUGGGAAUGGCCACGUACAGUGCCAAGUGUCAAUUUAAUGGCUGCUAUUACCAAUUAAUGACUCACUCUUAUCUCCCGGCAAAGGCCAUUUUUCGUAAUGUAACCAAACUUAAUGCAUAAGUCUUUGUGAAGUGCCUCAAUACAAAUUAUAUCAUUUACCUGAUAAUAAUAUUAGUAUUUUAAAAGACAGAAUCCGAACUGCAUACAGAUGGUGUAUAAUAUGCGACACAAAAAGUUCUUCGAUAUUGGAUUAUAACACUUUCAGAUGGCUAUUAUUUAUACAUUGUGUGUAUUACAUUAAGGAGGUAUUACUUCAGGAAAUUAAACUUUAUAAUUCCCGUUGAAAUAAACCAAAUGACGAUGAAA